AUGUCCAAUCACCAAAUACUUCCGCCAGCGCGCGAAAUGACCGAAUUCGAGCAACACGUCUACGACUGUACACACAUGAUAGGAAAGAAAACCGGCGACAUUCGCUGGGACAUCGACGCCCGAGAAUGCAGCCUCCGCUUCGAAUCCGCAACCCGCGGUCCACCCUCCAAAGUCGCAUUCACUUUUACCAUUACCCCUUCCCUUAGCAAUACACUUGGAAGCUUGCACGGUGGGUGCGCAGCGACUUUGGUGGAUAUCUUGUCGACAGUGAUCUUGUUAGGAGUCUCGUCGCCUGGGAAAUUCGGGUUCGGUGGCGUGACUCGGAACCUGAGGUUGACCUAUCUCCGACCUGUGCCGAUUGGGACGGAGGCGAGGAUUGUGUGUGAGAUUGUCCAUGUUGGGAAACGGUUGGCGCUCUUGCGGGCGGAGAUUCAGAAGGCGGAUACGGGGGAUGUUUGUGUGGUUGGAGAGCAUGAGAAGGCGAAUACGGAUCCGGAGGUUGAUCUGAGGAUUUGA